CUGCAGCCUCUGAACGCCAUUGGCCAGCCAAGCUCAGCCCGUGCUGCUCACCCCAGCCCCCUCGGUGGGCUUUGCCGCGUGCCCUCACCUUGGCAGAGGCUGCAAGGCCUCUACCUGUCAUUUGCCGAGCUAGACACGGUAGUGGAGCAGGCGCUGCCUGGCCCCGACCAUGUCUUGCAUCCACUACAAGUUCUUCUCCAAGCUGAACUAUGAUACGGUCACCUUCAGUGGCCUCGACAUCUCCCUUUGCGACCUCAAGUGCAAGAUCAUGCGCAAGGAGAAGCUGAAGGCAGCCAACUGUGAUCUGCAGAUCAGCAAUGCCCAGACCAAAGAAGAAUACACAGAAGAUGCCCUGAUUCCUAAAAACUCAUCGGUAAUUGUCAAAAGAAUCCCUGCUGGAGGAGUUAAAGCUAAAAGCAAAACGGAUGUUCCGACUCCUCAGUCACACAAAAUCCCUGGAGCAGCUUCUUUCAGAAGUCGAACUGAGCCAGCGAGCAGAACAUCAGAAGCAGUACGUAAAAACCCGAUCUCACCUGUUUUUCUACUCACUGCACUGAAUUCUAAACAAUGUAGCCUUGUAUUAAUUUUCCAAAUAUUAACUUCAUCUAUCUUCCAGUAAAAAACAGUCCAGAGUGUAAUUCAAAUGCACUGAUUCAUCAUGGUGAAAACUGAGUCACGCCAUCAAUUUGCAGAGUUCUGAUGUGAAUGUUGGGAUUUAUGCCUAGUAAUGCAUGGUAUUUCCUAUUGCAUAUGCUAGGAUAUGUCCUGUGUGGCUUUGUGUUGUGCAGAUAGUGCCUGAUCAUCUUUAGUUCACGCAGGUUCCAGGUGUGCACAGUUGAACUUGGUGCCACGUUCGAGAUCUGUCUGCCUAUAGUUAAUAAUGUUGUGAGUUUGUACAGCCUUUUCUGUGCUUUUUGUACAAACUGCACUUCAGCAGUAGUUCUCUGCAAACACUGCGGCCCAUUCCUAACCAGCGGCCUGAGGACUUCAUUGGGGCAAGCUACAGGCGUAGGCAGCUGGGAGGGAGGAGUAUGUUUGCAAUGGAGGAAAAAAUGCCAUGACUGUGCUUUGAAUCCGUGCUUUCAUCGUCAGGAAAGAUUGGGUUUGGUCUGAUAGAAAGAAGAACAAAAAUUCUCACGCUUCCCAAACUGAUUUGGAGAGUGUGUCCUGUGGUCUAUUAAAAUACAAGAAAUAUUUUUUCUCCAUUUUUAUAGGCUACUCUGUCAUAGUAAACACCUUUUUUUUUUUUUUUUUCCCCCCAGUAAUUUGAGCAGUUUCUUUUUUUCCUAGACAAAUUGGCAGGUUACUUUUAUGGCUGAUGGUUCAGAUUGGUGUUU